AUGGCAUCGGCUGGAGGGUCAGGGAGGUCGUCGUCACCGACGGCGACCAUGUCGACCCGGGCAGGCAGCGGUCGAUCGACAGGAGCGGGCCCAGCAUCGACGUCGAACCUCGAGUCGACUAUCACCCGCCUCCUCGUUGCGACAAAACAAUUGCUCGAAGGUCUGGCCAAAUGGUCGCGGCGCGAGGUGGACGAGGAAGCCAUUUCUGCGAUCUACGUCAAGCUGGGCAACGACUUCAACGUCGCCUGCGCCGCGUUCGCUCGCGAGAACAUCUCGAUGAACGACUUGAUGUCUGUCCCCUCCGACCUGCGCGUCUGCCUUGAGACGUGCCUUUCCGACCCGCCUUCGCAAGCGACUCUCGAGCGCCACCUCCCGCAAGUCCGACAGAUCAUCAUCGGUCUCCUGCACGGCUUGCGCGAAAAGCAGCGAAUGUACAGGGAAGGCGUCACGGCGAGACGAGCGAGGGAAGCGGCGGGUACAGGCGCGUCGAGCAGCAGCAGCGGUGCAGUGGCAGUAGGAGCCACAAUGGGUCCGCCUAUGACGCCGGGGAGUGCUGUGCGAGCGAAGGAGGACUUGAGACGGUUUGUGGCUCAGGCCGCACCAGCGAGCCAGCCUUCCGCGGACGACUCGUCGAUGCGGCAACGAAACAGCACCGACAGCCGGCGCAGUGCGAGCGACAUCGGCGUGCAGUCAUCGACGGACGCGCGCCUGUCGGCGGCGCUAAGCUCACGCUCGUCAGGCGGCCCAGCGCGCGGCGGUUCGAUGCGCGAGCCGUCGCGGUCGUCUCACACGAACUUCGAGGGCGCGUUCACGCCGACGCCGACCGCUACUGGCAUGCCUCGCACCAACUCCUCCGCCUCUCUCGAUUCCGCAUCCGGCCCUUUUGCUUCCUCGUCUCGCCAGUCUUCCGAGCGGACGCGCAGAACGUCUCCUCCGCCACCUCGACAGCGCGAAGAUGCCGUCCCAGCAGUCCCUCGCACCCCGACAAGCGAUACCUUCCCCUCGCAAUCGCCUUUCGGCGGGCCCGCUCCUGUUCCUUCGACCAUCGUCCGCCCUCCUUCCACCGUCUCGAUCGCCUCUUCCGCCGAGGACUCGCACGUGCAUCAGUACGCCCAAGCGGCAUCGUUAGAGGCACUCAAGGCGAGCGACAACCUCUCUCGACGGGCGAGCAAGCGGUACUCGGCUUAUGCGAUUCAGAAGAUGACGAGCCCGAGUCCCGGCUCGACGUCGCCUUCUCCCGCCAGCCCGGGACUGGAAAGACCGAGCAGGAGCAGGUCGGGUGACUUGGGGAGGAGCGGGUCGGGGUCCUCGGCUGGUCGCGAGCUCGCAGGCGCAGAUGUACCGCGACGGAGCAAGAGCGAGUACAGUCGGAGCGGACAUGCAAGAAGCGGGAGUCGCGCUGUUCCGCCAAUCCCGCCGAUCCCUCGCUCGUACUCGUCGUCAACGGAUCUGCGUGGUCCUUCCGCCUCGCCUAUCAUGGAGGAAGACGAUGAGACGACCUCCCCAAAGCACUCGCCGCCCGUUUCACGUUCGGGCCCUCCCGCAUUCGCCCCGCCUCCCCUGCCUUCGUCCGGCUCAUCCACCUCCCUUCGCCCUGAUCCGCCACCCGCUCGACGGGCUCCGUCCCCCGCUCUUCCGCCUCUUCCGACUGACUUCUCGCCCGUCCCUCCUCAGUCAAGCUCACCUCCCCCGCCAUCCGAGCCCGAAUACCCCUUCUCCGUCUUCCUGCAGGUCGGGCGAGACGUCAAGAAGGCUCGCCUGCUCGGCCCGCCAGACGUGCAGAGCUUGCGCCAGCUCUUCGUCGAACGCUUCGGCUUCAACCCUGGCAUGAACGAUUGGCCGGAUAUCUAUCUGCGGGAUACGGAGGCGGGCGUGCACUACGAACUUGAGGAGAUGUCGGAGGUCAGGGCGGGCAGCGUAUUGAGCCUGAACAUCGACACCGUCGACCAGGUCAAGCAACACAUCGAUCGCGGCCUCUCGACGCUCGCGCAGGAUAUCAAGGAGCUCCGCGCUACCGUGACCGCCAUGCGUCGCCUCUCUGUCUCGGCCAACUCGGCGUCCCUCGCCAAUUUCACGUUGCUCUCGCCCACGUCGCAGCAUCCACCGUCAUUGCCGGACGCGCCGUCUCCAAGUUUGCGACCUAGCCCGUCCGAGAAGCAGUUCGAGCAGGCUGCUCAGCGAGUGCUGCGGGCGAAGAAGCUCAACGAGGUGAACGGAAUGGUCUUGGAGGAUGACAGUGCGGGCACGAAGCCAAAGGAGGACGAGAAGAGCAACGAGCUUUCGUCUGCACCGGCCACGCCAGUCACGCCUACCGCCUCUAUCGCGCCGAUUGUCAACACGCUCAAGACGCAGCACGCCGAGGUGCAAAACCUUCGUCGCGAGAUCGGCGUCCUCCGCCAGGUCUACGCCGAGUUCACCUCGCAGACCAAGGAGAUGUUCGCCUCCGUCCGCGUCCAGACAAGCCACGUGCAGCACCUCGCCCAGUCCAAGCUCUCAACCGAUCGCGCCUUUGUGGAAGCCGGCACUGCGCGCCUCGACGCCGAGAGCACCGACCUCGUCGUCAAGGUCGACGAACUGCAAGACACGAUCGAGCAGCUUCGCGCCGACACCGUCCGAGGCGUCAAGCCCCGCCCGCAACAACUCAGUGAGACUGCAUCGGCUCUCCGCAAGGCGCUCGAGACGCGUCAGAAGCUCGUCGAAUGGCUCAAGGACGUCAAGCCGACGUGGUCGCAGAUGUGGUCCGUCGAGCUUAGCAAGAUCCUCGGCGAGCAGAAGGCCGUCGAGACGCAGGAGACGCUGCUCACUGAGCUCGAUGAGGACCUCGAGGACGCGAGCAAGGUGCUCAAGAACAUCCAGGCCGUCGCCAAGCAGCUCAAGACGCCUUCGGGCGGCCCGAGGCGGGAAUUGCGCGAUCUCGGCGGCGCAGAGAACGCUCAAGAGGGCUUGUCGACCGUCUUGAUGGAGGUCAAGGCGCUUCAGCCCGACCCCUCGCGCCGACUCGAGGCGAUCGCUCGGGCCGAAAAGCAGCGCGAGCUGGACAUGGCAUCGCGGACGGACGAGUUUGCGAGAGAGCUCGGAGACUUUGUCGGCGAGGGCAAGCUGAAGAAGAGUGGCGGAGUCGAGGAGACGGAGCGGAUGAGGCAGGCGCGCAGCGAGGCGACCCUCAAGGCGAUGUUCCAGCAGUAG